UUUUACAAAUAAUAAAUAAAAUAAAAAAUGUGCUAAAUAAGUAGAUACAAUGCAUUCUUGAAAAUGGGCACUGAACUCUUUCUUCCUGUUUCAAAACUCCUCAAUUUAUCUUGGUGUCAUCAGACCCAGGGGCGGACUGACCAUUUGGAAACUCAGGCACUGCCCGAGAGCCCGGGGUCAGUAGGGGGCCCCAUGAGAUGCCUCUGGUACCUUUUUCAUAGGCUUUUUUUGAGUUUCGGCAAGGACACAGGGGCCCCAUGAUCCCCUAUUGCCCGGGGGCCCCAUGAGUUGUCAAUCUGCCCCUG